AUGCCCCCGCCUAUUCCCAUCCGCAGCCACCUACGAAAUGGAUCAGCAUAUCAGAAAAGGUUGCACGCUAUUCGUUCUAUAUCCACAAACUAUAAGGGCGCCCCAUCGUUUCCAUUUUCUCUGAAUCUCCUCGAAGAGUUUGAUCAUGAGUUGACGGAAACACAGAGUUUAGUCAGUGCAGUUCUGGACGGCAAGAACAUGAAUGACAAGAAAGAAUCUUCAUGCUGGGAUAGUGGGAAAAAGACCGAUACGACGACCGAGAGAAGGCAAACAGGUAAUACUCUGGGAGACAUGUGCUCCAGUGAAGUUGAGUCCAAAGUGAGCUACUGCGAUGGUUACCCAAAGAUAUUACGAUCAGAUCCAUUAAAGAUAUCCUCGACAGCUUCAACUAAUUAUAGUCGAAACGCUACGGGAGAUCCAAGUGAGGGGCUUUUCGGGCAAGUUGGGGUGCGGGAAUGCGUGCCUUCUCUACGAGGAAGUUACGACGGCACAACUUCUGUGACCCGCACGAACCACGCCAUCUGCUCCAACAACACAUUACCACCCUCCGACUACAGUGCCGAGAAGAUGGAUACAAAUGCGUCGGGUUGCCUCGCACAAGGGCUUCUCAGCCCUCGUUCUGAUGAGCCAGGCUCCCCUAGGCAGGCCACCAGCAAUUCUGAUCGCCCCUUCCCUUCGAGACAUGUCAAUCUCUCGCUCUUUCCACCAAUGUCUCCGUCGACUGGAAACAGAGAAUAUACACCACCAGGAAGCCCUUUCUCUCGGCCUAUAUGUCCAAUGUCUCCGUUGAGCAAUGGGAGGGAUGCUUAUGGCAAUUACAUAGCUUCGAACAAGCGGGACUAUUUGACGACACAUUCCCCACCAACAUCAUCUAUUAAACGGGUCGUAUCGGACAGUCAGGAAUACUCUGAACCGGAUAUCUCGUCACCUAUCGUACAUCUUCGUGGUGGAGGCUGGAACGACUCCAAAUCGUUCUGGAAGACAACUGACACCAAUGAGAUUGGUCAACCCUUUGGUUCUACUUCUUUACAAGAAUCUGUCGACAAGGAGGGUAUUCUUCGAGUUGUUUCUCCGAUCCACUAUAUUGAACUUCCGGAAAGUCGAGCACCGCAAAGUGUGCGAUCGCAGUUCCCGAUCAUUCGUGCUGGCAAGAUUGACAAGAUAACAGAAGAGACGCCAGGGAGAUCAUUUACCGUUGACACAAGGCGAGAUGGCCAACUCUUCAAAGAGAUAGGCACAAGGCAAGGCUCGGAUACUCCGGACUCUGAAGAUACGAACGAUAGCUCUAUCCGUAGGGCUUGUACCGAGGCAGUCUUUGAUCAGUAUUUUGGACCUCAAAUGUCUCUACCAAUAAGAGAUGGACCGCGGUCACCUCGAAUCGACAAAAUCUUGGCACCACCGAAUAUUCAAAGUGCGACGACAGGUGAGAAUGAGACGUGUCACUCCAUGAGCCCUUCGUAUCCAGUUGCGAGUAGAAAGUUCGCUUUAUGGAACAACGUGGAGUCAAAAGAACAUCAAGGUACUGAUGCUACACUGCGAAGUCAUGUGGUAAACCCAAGGGACAACAAGAGGUGGGCCAGAAAACGUCCUCCUCCGCCGCCUAUACUCCCAAUGCCAAACCCACCCAGAUGCCAGCGAGCCGAUUCAUCCGAAGCCGACGUGUUCGAAAGUUCUGACGAUGACAGUUGCCGAGCAUCAUCAUUGCUAUGUGAUGUGAACGUAAGACUACAAGAGGAACUGCGACGGCGAGAGCCUGAUCUGAGCACAACAGUGCUGGACGAUAGCUUUACUGCGGUCAUGAGACGCGAAUCAACCGACAGACGGCACGACCUAGAGCGUAUGGCAGUCUCGGGUGAGCGUCGCCCUUCUGGAUCACCUACGCCAUCGCGAUAUCUCCCUCGCUAUGGCCAUAUCACAGCUAAAGCUCAGGUUGCACCCCAACAGCGGAACGCGCAGUACCUUACCAUCGGCUACCCUUCUAUCGUAUCUACACCAGGAGUUGCUGAAUCAGCUCCUGUCAUAAGUCAGAGCCCUUUGCAGACAGUUCUUUCGAAAGCAGGGGAAAUCAGUCGUUCGAUUCUCGCUGCGCCUUCAGGCUCGAGAUACAAGACGUAUUCGAAACGGCAUCCUCUGAUGGAGUACCAAGAGAAGAAACCACCAGGAUUGGGAGCAGAUGCUACUGGAUGGCCCAGAAAUGGUAAAUCGUUCUCUACAGCGGCAAAAGGGAUGCUCAUAUCGACUCAAGUACCCCGCUCGGAGACGACUUUUGCUGGCGUUCAGCCACCGAGUAGCAGAGGUGGUCAGACACAGCGUGAUAACAGGGGCUGGGAGCACCCGAGAGGCAGAAGAGUAAACAAAGUCAAGGAAUCGAAGCACAAGCAAUGGGGUGGAAGGUGGGGAAGAAGGUUGAAAGAAAUUGCAAUUCCGGGAGACAUCGCACCUACAGGCCUGCGCGGAGGUGGAUCCUCCGCUACAUCAACUGCAGACACGAACCUUCACCCUACUCGGUUAAGAGGUGCGACACGGCUUCAACAUCCGGGGUUCGCUAGAAGCGGACCUCGUGCACGUUCAUUGUCACCUAAAGCGUCAACAGUUCUCCUUCCCGUGAGCCAACAACCGGAACAUACUUUCGCCAUUACCAGUGGUGCAGUAGGCGCGCCGCAAACACGGUUUGAUCUGCCAGACAGUGAAGGUAGAUGCUUCGUCCGCCGCGACGACGGAGAGGUACUCCCACUAAGCCCUACGCCCGGAUCCCCAUAUCAAGAUAGACUGAACACAUGCUACGAAUUCGAUAACCCAGAUGCUGCGACGCUGAAAUGGCUAGAAGGAAUACACGCACAGACUGAAGUAAUUGCCGAGCCUGUCGUCAAUAUGAGAGGGGGUGACGUUCUAUUUACGAUGGGAGAAGCAAGCAGUCUAUCAUCGCAUUAUCUCUCCCUAACCUCAGAGGCAAUGAGUUUAAACAGUGACAACGACACGAUCGAUGGCUCGAACAUAGACGCCUUGCUUGUGUCGACUACACAUCUCAACAUCGAUCAAAUCACCGACGUGGCCAUUACGCCAGCCAACGGCAUUAGCGAGGACGAUAUUGGACCCUACUUGUACGAAGCCAAUGUUCGGUAUAGUUUCAGUACUGACUCUACUAUUGAGCUUAGGCUGAAGAUGAAAGCUAAGAAGAAUAUAUGGCGGAAUGAAGACCAGGCUAGGGCGAUGGCGAUGGCUAUGCAUUCUAUUGGGUAG